AUGGGACUUGACAAUCUCCAAGAACUGGUAGCACAAGGACCAUCAGAACUUCGAAUUGAUGUUUCGGCCCUGGGUGGCUCUGAAGGUUAUGAGAUUUUUCAGGAUUUUAGCAUAUCACCUGGCCCAGGUUACACGUUGAACAUUGCAUUGGGAACAGGAACACUAGGAGACAGUACUGCAGAUGGACUGUCAUUUAACAACAAUGGGAAUUUCAGUACCUUUGAUCGAGACAUGGACUUGACAUCUUCAAGCUGUGCUUCAAACAAUAAAGGAGCGUGGUGGUAUACCAGCUGCAUGUAUGUUCAUCUUAAUGGGCAAUAUUGUACUCCAGGCACAACAAGUUGUGGCUACAGUGGAAUAAUUUAUGAGAAGUUUUUGGGUCUUGAGUCCUUACUCACAUCUCGUAUGAUGUUCCGUAGGGUAUAAACAUAUAUUUGUGUUGUCCAAAAACAUGUAUAGUGUCUUAAUACUUAGAUGUUAAUUUGCAGUUGCUGUUAUUAGCUAAUGCAAGAGCUAUCAAAUUAAAUAGAUCGGCAACUUGAAAGGCAUAUAGAGCAAAUCUCGCGAGAAGAAACAUGACAACUGAAUGAGAUCUCGUUCACCGGAAGUGACGCGUUCUCCAACAUGUAUUUUAAAUGUAGCUUAGUUAAAGGUACAAACUCCAUGCUCGUCGAUGUUUGUUUUUACUAAGAUAACACUGAUUCACGCUCUGACACGAGAUCACGCGAGAUAACAGUCAGUUGUUGUUCUUUGAAUUUUGUACUUCUUUGGGUAAUGCUUCCUCCAAAAACAAUGCGACUGUGUUCAAAUCGUUGGAAUCUACCAUACAUUUAUCGUUUUAUUUGAAUCCUUUUGUCUUGAGGAAAUACUACAAAUGUUUUGUUAGUAGUACUUAGGUAGAUGCAAAAUGUUGUUAUUACUUUUCCAAUUACACAAGCUUGAAUUGAAUGGCUAUGCAAGAUGUUAUAUCAUUAAACCAUUUUAUGAAUGUGUAGUUCACUUCCUGCAUAUUUCAGAGAUACCAAACAAUAAGCAAUGUUUUUAUAG